AUGCUGGUGCUCACAGGGACGACGGGCCACUUGGGGUCCCGCGUCCUCGACACGCUGCUACGGCACAAAUUGAUCCCGGCCUCCCAGCUGGUCAUCUCGUCCAGCCACCCCAGCGACGUGUCGGCCGCGGCGCGGGAAGCGGGCAUCGAGAUCCGGCCGGGCGACUUCACGUCUCCGGACUCGCUGGCGGCCUCGUUCAAGGGCGCCGACGCGCUGUUUCUGGUCUCGUUCCCCUCGCCGAGCGUCGAGCGGUGGCUGCACCACAAGGCCGCCAUCGACGCGGCGAAACAGGCGGGCGUCAAGACGGUCAUCUACACGAGCUUGAUGUUUGGUGGCGAGACCGGGCUCAGCAGCAUCGCCGGCGUCCAGCAGGCGCACAUCAAGACCAUCGACUACCUGACGCAGAGCGGGCUGCAAUACGUGAUCGUGCGCGAGGGCAUCUACGCAGAGAGCUGGUGGCUGUACGCCGGGUUCCAGCCCCAGAAAUUCCACAAGGGCGACACGGACGACAUCAGGUUCGUCAUCCCCAACGACGGGCCCGUCUCGUGGGUCACCUGGGACGACCUGGGUGAAGCGACGGCGAAGAUCCUGCAGAACUACGAGCAGUAUCUUGGGCGGACGCUGAACCUGACGGGGCCCCGAACCAGCACCAUCAGCGACGUGGCGAAGCUGGUCGAGCAGCACACGGGGCGCACAGUCACGGUCGACAUCGUGGGCAGACAGGAAGCUGAGCGCUACCACAAGUUUGAGAAGAAGAGCGUGCCCCCGGACAACUUCUGGGUGGUGGAGAGCUGGAGUGGCUGGCAUGACGGCAUCGCCCAGGGGGAGACGGCGACGGUUGAUCCGUUGAUCGGGGAGAUUUUGGGGAGGGCACCCCGGGGCAUUGAAGAAAUGGCACCUCGCCUGUUCACUCCGGAAUGA